AUGGGACGGCGGAGAGGAAGGGCCGGCGAGUGCGGUGGGGAGACGAAGCGGGCUUGUCGCUUACGGCUAUUCGAGAAUACGAGCCAAGCGAUACGAGACACCCGGAUGACCUGGCGUGGUGGGAGAUGGAGGACGACGAUGAUGACGUGUGCAGCUGCGCCAUGCAGUGACGGCGGACCUGGCGAAGCUGCGCCAUGCAGUGACGGCGGACCUGGCGAAGCUGCGCCAUGCAGUGACGGCGGACCUGGCGAAGCUGCGCCAUACAGUGACGGCGGGGCUGCUCCGAGGGCGGAGCUGGCGGAGCAGCGCCGAGGCCCCAACGCGGAGCUGCGCCUUGGAUUGGGGACGGAACUGCGCGCUGCGCCCUUUUUCAUAAACAAUUUCAUGGCACUUCUAUACUGUUACUACUGUGCAAUAAGCACAGCACAGAGUGUGCAUUAUGCACUCAACACUUAG